GGUUUUUUCCUCUUUGUUCACUCUGUUCUUUACUUUGGAUGAAGAUGGGUGUUUGUAGUUUGGUUUCCAUAGAAAAGGAAAAGACAAACUAGAGAAGGAAAGUUUGAAUUUGGCAGUUCAUGGAAAAGGGUUUUAGAAAGCAAUAUAUGAAUCUGAAUUCAUGGUGUAAUAGAAUCCCAAUUGCUGCCACUCCUUUCUUGUUUUCACUCCUCUCUUUUUUUUUUCUUUCUUUUCUCCUGAAUAUUGUUCUCCUGCCGUGUUUCUUUCUGCUUUAAUUUGUGGCCACAAGUGAGGAAUGGUACAGAGAAUAAUAAUUCAUCAGUCUGCAGAAAUGAUUAUUCUUUGAUUGUUACUUCUUAUUUGCUUCAGUGCAUAGUUAUGGGUAUUGGAAGGCAGAGAUUGGAUCAAUCAGAGAAAGAGGCUAGUUAUGAAUCAGCAGACAAGGAAAAUGAAUCUCCCAACACUGGAGAAGACUAUAGUGAACUGGGGAAAUCUUCCUUGGCCUGUGAGGCACAAAAGUCUUGUGGCAAUCAAGAAACAACAGCGAUGGAGGAUGUGAAAUCUGAAGAACAACAGAAUGAGACAAGUAAUUCACAAGACAAAACUCUGAAGAAGCCUGACAAGAUCCUUCCUUGUCCUCGAUGCAACAGCCUUGAGACCAAGUUCUGUUAUUUCAACAACUACAAUGUCAACCAACCGCGCCACUUCUGCAAGAAGUGUCAGAGAUACUGGACGGCUGGUGGAACCAUGAGGAAUGUGCCUGUUGGUGCUGGUCGCCGCAAGAACAAGAACACUGCUUCCCAUUAUCGGCAAAUGGCCAUGAACGGGGCAGCUCUGCAAACCAUCCAGUCUCAUAUGCCUGAAUCAAUCCAUCAUCCUCCACUUAAGGCCAAUGGCACAGUUCUUAGUUUUGGCUCCGGUGCUCCUCUCUGUGAGUCAAUGGCUAAUGUGCUAAACCUCGCUGAGAAAACAAUAAAACCUUGUGAUCGGAAUGGCUUUCAUCAUAUGGAGGAGCUUCCUUGUGUCGAAAACGUUGAAGAGCACUCGAGUGGAUCUUCGGUGACAGCUUCCAAAAAUUCUAGCGAUGAAGGGAUGAGUGCCAAUCCACCCGAAACAAUUACCGGGAAUAGACAGCAAAUUCCUAUUUCAGUGCCAUGUUUUAGUGGAACACCUUGGCCAUAUCCAUGGAACUCAUCCCCUGGAUUCUUCUCUUCAAGCUUCCCGCUCUCGUUCUAUCCUAUGGCUGCUUACUGGGGAUGCACAGUCCCCGGCAAUUGGGGUGUUCCAUGGGUAUCAUCAAUGGCAACUUCACCAAACAGUAGUCCAAACUCCCUUACAUUAGGCAAGCAUUCCAGAGAAGGCAAUGUGCUCAAACACUGCAAUUCAGACAAAGUUGAUUCAUCUAUCCAGCCGGAUCACGAGAAACGUUUCUGGAUCCCUACAACGUUGAGGAUGGAUGACCCCGAAGAAGCUGCAAAGAGCUGUAUAUGGGCAUCCAUGGGUAUUCAAAAUGACAAGGCUAAGCCCAUCAGUGAAGGAGGACUCUUCAAGGCCUUCCAGACAAAAGCUGACAUGAAGAACAGCACAGUGGGAGGUUCUCAGGUCUUGCAUGCCAACCCUGCAGCUAUGUCACGAUCCCUCAACUUCCAGGAGAGCUCAUAGAUAAAUACAAUGAAGGCUUUUGGAAGUUCUACUCUUUGUGUUUCGGUGAACAUCUAACUGAUCCGAAGCAAGCUGACAAUGUGAAAUUUUUGUAGAAGAAUGGUUGCAGCAGCAGUUCAAAUGGCAGAACAACCGAGCAUUGCAUGCUUUUGCACGUUCAGAUUGAUGUAAACACUGAAGACAGUUUUCUCACUUAUCUUUUCAUGCUUUGGCGAGUGUUUGUAUAUGUAUGUGUAUAUGUAUAGUAUGAAAGAGUGAUAUAUAUAUAUAUAUAUAUAUAUAUAUAUAUAUAUAUGGUAGAUAAUUGAUAGAUAAGAGAUGAACGAAAAUUUCGCAGAUGUACUAAAAAAAUAAUUUUGCGAAAGUUAGAUUGGAUACUGUAUUCCUUCACAAAACUUUGAACCUGGAAUUAACACUUUAGUAGUGGUUCCAAACUUGUGAAUAAAUGCUGUGAUGAUCUGUUUAAUAAAGUCUUGUUUCUGGUUUGUUACAAACAGCUACUUAAUUCUAAGAACAUAAAAA